AUGACCCCUUUUAUUUUACCCGUUAUAGCAUUCAGCCUUUUACUAGGAACUUUAAUUACUGUCACAAGCUCAAACUGACUCCUAGCAUGAAUGGGCAUUGAAAUUAAUACACUAGCAAUUAUUCCUCUAAUAAUUCAUAACCAUCACCCCCGAGCAACCGAGGCCACUACCAAAUACUUUAUUGUACAAGCCGCUGCUGCCGCAAUAAUUCUAUUUUCUGCAGUUGUAAAAGCAUGAACUACAGGAGAAUGAAUUAUCAACCCCUUCUCUGAGCCCCUCUCAACUUCCCUUCUCAUCCUAGCAUUAGCACUAAAAUUAGGAUUAGCCCCUUUACACUCAUGACUUCCUGACGUACUUCAAGGACUAGACUUUAACACUGGCAUAAUCUUAUCCACAUGACAAAAAAUUGCCCCCAUAACACUACUUCUACAGGCUGGCAAAACAGAAAUACCUCUAAUACUAGCACUAGGCAUCCUUUCAGUACUUAUAGGGGGCUUAGGAGGCUUAAACCAAGUUCAAACCCGAAAAAUCAUGGCUUAUUCCUCUAUCGCCCACUUAGGCUGAAUAACUGCAGCCCUGCCACUAGCCCCUCACCUUACACUAAUAGCCCUUACACUUUAUAUCUUAACUACCUACUGCAUGUUUUCUAUCCUACUAUUAACGGGAGGAAAGACCAUCAACACAUUAGCCAUCUCCUGGGCCAAAAACAAUGCCAUUUUAGUCUCUACGCCUAUUCUUCUUUUUUCCCUUGGAGGUCUCCCACCCACACUAGGCUUCGUCCCAAAGUGAUUUAUUCUUAAAGAGUUGACAGCCCACAACCUAACAAUCGUUGCCCUUAUAAUCGCAAUAUUUUCUCUCCUUAGCCUAUACUUUUACAUCCGCUUAUCAUAUGCCCUAACCCUGACAAAAGCCCCUAACGCAGUCACAGGGAUACCUAUAUGACGAUUACAACUAAAAUCGCAAGAUGCCCUACUUAUGGCCGUAGUAGUCCUAGUUCUUAUCUUCUUACCAGCCAGCCCAGCAGCACUUGCCCUAUUUUUGACCUA